CGUGUUUGGGAGAAAAAACAUGGCAGCGCCCACGACUGACGUGCAGAUUGUUCCUGUCAAAAAGCCUGCAGCUCGAGGACCUCGGCGAGUAGCCAAUCAAAUUCCAGAUGAAAUCCUCCAAGACCCCGAGUUACAGGAAGCUAUCAAAGCCCUGCCUGCAAAUUACAACUUUGAGAUCCACAAGACAGUUUGGCGAGUGAGACAAGCCAAUGCCAAGAGAGUCGCUCUGCAGCUUCCAGAGGGCCUGCAGAUGUUUGCCUGCACCAUCUCUGACAUCAUCGAGAGGUAAGACGGAG